GCUGGUAUGCCCUCAUCGAGCCGGGCUCGGGCUGCGGACGUCCCUUCCACUAGAAGGGCUGGUACAUCCAGAGGUGGGGGUGGAUUGGUUCCCUCGAUUCCUCCGACUCAUCAUCAUCCUGGGUGGCCAGACAUGCCGACCGAGCUGACGGGAUUGCGAUUCGGGACUCCCUACUCAAUUCCGAUAGAGCCUCUCAUGUUUGACCACAGAUAUGUUAGAGAUCCUGAUUCGCCGCCGCCCCCGGUCGAGUAUAUAGAUGAGAUGCUCGAGUUGAUGGCUGCACUCGAGGGCAUGGUCUUACGGAGAGAGGCACAGUUGUCCAUCAUGGGUGUCCAGAUGCCUCCAGUAAAUCAGCCACGGAUCGGGCCAUCCAGGCCUUCUCGGGGAGCCGGGCCAUCUCGACCUUCUCGGGGAGCUGGGCUAUCUCGGCCUUCUCGCGGGGCCGGGAGAGGGGAGUCGUCUCGCAGACGCAGGGCACAUAUCGUAGAGGAGGAGCCCGGUGAGGACGAAGAGGAGGAGGAGGCUGCAGAUUGUCAGUCAGAGACAUCUGCUCACAGAGAGGAGGGUUUCGACCCUGGUCCCGAGAGUGGAGAGGAGGCUGAGGAGGAUCCCGAGGAUGACAGUUCCGACUCAGAUGGUGCCGGUGGUGCAGAGCCUGUUUCGCAGAAGAGGACGAAGAGGGCUUUUUAUUCUUGCUCUUGAGAGCAUUGGUGCAGCUGUUUCCUGCUUUAUUUAUCUUUUUUACUAGUAGUUGUAGCACAUUGUACAUUAU